AUGAGCUGCUGGGUCGAGCUCAAAAAGCUGUCGCCCGACGUCAAGAGUGCGGGGGCCCCGCGCAUCCACCGCUUCCAGGGACUGCCCCCUUGCCCGACGCCGUCACGGCGCACGCGCGUCCAAGAUCUUGAGCUUGAGGUGCGCCUCUUUGAAACGGGCGCGCUGCAUCAUGACAAUUACCCAGAAACUCGCUAUGCGAUCGUCUUUUGGCCCAAGAGCACGCGUCUGGAGUGCGCGAGCGUCGCCGACGGCGUCAACGCACUGUUGCAUGCGGCUUAG